GAAGAUCCCAAAGCGAAACCUGGAGACUGUAUCAGCUGCAGAAUUGUGGGCACAGGUACAUUCGCGACUGUAGGCGGCUACGCGCUUUGGCAGUCCCGAGCUGUUUCUCCCGGGACGCCAAUGCAAAAGAGAGUAAUGGCAGGUGUCGGAGUAGGU